CUACCUGAAAAAUGCAGUAUAUAUAUCUGCUGCUCGGAGUACCAAUGUCAGUAUUGGGAGGAGGAGCCACCGGAAAAAAUGCAAUCAGCAGAGCAGCUUGUGCUUGAACUCAGCAAUCCCGAUCUUAGAGAAAAUGCUCUUCUUGAACUCUCUAAGAAGAGGGAAUUAUUCCAGGACUUAGCCCCAUUACUAUGGAACUCGUUUGGUACUAUUGCUGCGCUCUUACAGGAGAUAGUUUCCAUCUACCCUGUUUUAUCACCGCCAAACUUGACUCCAGCACAAUCUAACAGAGUUUGCAAUGCUUUAGCACUUCUUCAGUGUGUAGCCUCUCACCCUGACACGAGAAUGUUGUUUCUCAAUGCACAUAUUCCUUUGUACUUGUACCCUUUUCUGAAUACAACAAGCAAAUCAAGACCUUUUGAAUAUCUGAGGCUUACUAGCUUAGGAGUCAUUGGUGCCCUUGUGAAGGUUGAUGAUACUGAAGUUAUCAGUUUUCUACUAUCAACUGAAAUAAUUCCCCUGUGCCUGCGCACAAUGGAGAUGGGCAGUGAACUGUCAAAAACGGUUGCAACUUUCAUUGUGCAAAAAAUACUUCUAGAUGAUGUUGGUUUGGAUUACAUAUGUACCACAGCAGAAAGAUUUUUUGCAGUUGGCCGAGUUUUGGGGAAUAUGGUAGGUGCACUUGCUGAACAGCCUUCAUCUAGGUUGCUGAAGCACAUAAUUAGGUGCUAUCUUCGCUUGUCAGACAAUCCAAGGGCAUGUGAUGCACUAAGAAGUGGUCUCCCUGAUAUGCUUAGAGACACCACCUUCAGUACCUGUCUUCGUGAGGACCCUACAACUAGGAGGUGGCUACAACAAUUGAUUAACAAUGUUAAUGGUGCCCGUGUUGCUCUACAGGCAGGUGGAUUUGAUCAUAUGCUGAUGAACUAAGUGGAGACAAUAAUUUAAUCUUUAUGUUUGUUGUCCCGAAAUUGAUUAACAAUGUUUAGUUAAGAAUGCACUCUCUUAAACUGUAGUGUGGUGUAAGGUUGAUCAUAUGCUAGGAAUAUCUCUUUCUGAUACAGUUGGUAGAAUCCGUUUUGGAUAUUUAUAGUGUAAUUUGAGGAUGCUCAACUUUGCAUCUUCAUUCGAGUAAAGAUUCGUAUAAUUUAUCUGUAAGUCUGCAGGUUCAUAUAA